AGAAAAAGAGAGAGAGAGAGAGAGAGAGAGAUAAUGAAAAGGAAAGGAGAAAACAUAUCCUGAAAAGAAGGUAAGUUUGUCUGAAGAGAAGGGGGCACACAAGUAAGUGCUUUGUCAGAUUUCGCGUGCCAAAUUUUCUUUCUCUUCUUCUUCUUCUCUCUUUCUUUCAUUCACAGUGUUUUUUGGAUCCUUCCGCUCCUUUCUUUCUUUGAUUUUCUCAAUUUCAAAGAAGAAAAAUAUCGAUUUUUAUUAAACGAAAGGUCACUGUUUGAUCGUCAAAGUAGAAUCUUUUAUCAUCAACCUGAUCUGGGUCGUGCUUAACUCUAAGAGAGGAAAGGCUUUCUGUUUUAUAGCGCAUUUUGCGUUCUUGGGUUUUUAAAGUCGAAGAAGAACAACAGCUCAUACUUUUUUGAUAUUUUCUGGUUUCUGCGUGGCUUUUUCUUUAUACACACAAAAAGAGAGAUUUUAGAUUGUUGUGGUAGUUUAAGAGAAGCUUCAAAGAAAACUGAAGCUUGCUUCUGAGAAAGACUUAAGCCAAAAAAGGUUUACUACUAAACGACGACGCUUUUGCAAUCGCCACCACAAACCUACAAAAAGAUUCAACCUUUGGAUUCGUUUUACUUAUGGAAGACUAAAAAAAAAAAAAGAGAUAAAAAAAGAAAAGGGUUUCACAUGUUUCUGUGUUUGUGAAUGUGUGAAGCACUUAGAAAACAGAGAAAAAGAAUUUGAUUAUUUUAAACAAAAAAGAGUUUAUCUCUGUCUCUGUGUGUGUGUCAGUAAAUUCGAGCUUUGAGUGGGUGUUUUGUGCAUCUCUAAGUUUUUCUCUUUUAUAUAAAAUUUUAUUUCUUUUUUCAAUGUUCUCUUUGAGAUGUGAGAUUGGUACUACUAGUGUGAUCUCUCCUUAAGUGUGUAACUCAAGAAGCAUUUUGGGGAGUGAAAACACAAGUUGAGUCUUUUUUUUCUUUCUGUGGUCUCUUCUUCUUCUUCUAUCAGAUUCUUCAUCAUGAAGUUCAUGAAACUUGGAUCCAAACCUGAUUCGUUUCAGUCUGAAGGAGACAAUGUUAGGUAUGUAUCAAGUGAGUUAGCAACAGAUGUUAUUGUCAUCAUCGGUGAUGUCAAAUUCUAUCUUCACAAGUUUCCGUUGCUGUCUAAAAGCGCGCGGUUGCAGAAACUAAUCACAACAUCAACAUCAUCAUCAAAUGAAGAGAACCAGAUUCACCAUCAUGAAGAUGAGAUUGAAAUAGCAGAGAUUCCUGGUGGUCCUGCUUCAUUUGAGAUCUGUGCUAAAUUCUGUUACGGAAUGACGGUUACUCUUAACGCUUACAAUGUAGUCGCUGCUCGCUGCGCCGCUGAGUUUCUUGAAAUGUAUGAAACCGUCGAAAAGGGGAAUCUUGUUUACAAGAUUGAAGUUUUCUUGAACUCAAGCAUACUUCAAAGCUGGAAAGAUUCGAUCAUCGUGCUUCAGACGACGAGAGCUCUGUCUCCAUUCUCUGAAGAGAUGAAGCUAACCGGGCGUUGUCUCGACUCGAUCGCUUCUAGAGCUUCGAUUGAUACUUCGAAAGUCGAAUGGUCUUAUACUUACAGCAAGAAGAAGAAUCUUGACAACGGAAUGAGGAAACCGCAGGCGGUUCCUAGAGAUUGGUGGGUUGAGGAUCUUUGUGAUCUUCAUAUUGAUUUGUAUAAACGAGCAAUCUCUACAAUCGAAGCACGAGGGAACAUUUCAGCUGAUGUUAUCGGAGAAGCAUUGCACGCGUAUGCGAUUAAAAGGAUUCCAGGGUUCAGCAAAAGCAGUUCAGUACAGAUCACUGACUUUGCGAAAUACAGAGCUUUGGCUGAUUCAAUUAUUGAGCUGAUUCCUGAUGAGAAACGCAGCGUUUCUUCGAGUUUCUUGACUAAGUUAUUACGAGCUUCGGUCUUUCUUGGUUGUGAUGAAGUAACCGGGUUAAAGAACAGAGUUGGUGAGCGGUUAGAUGAGGCGAACUUAGGCGAUGUUUUGCUCUAUGAUGUUGACCUGAUGCAGAGCUUAGUUGAGGUUUUCUUGAAAUCCCGGGACCCGAGAGAGGAUGAUUUAACCGUGAAAGCAUCAGUUGCGAAACUUGUUGAUGGUUAUUUAGCUGAGAAAUCAAGGGAUUCCGAUAAUUUGUCUCUUCAGAAGUUCCUCUCACUCGCGGAAAUGGUCUCGAGCUUUCCGAGACAGUCUCAUGACGGAGUUUAUCGCGCCAUCGACAUGUUUCUUAAGGAACAUCCAGAGAUGAACAAGAGCGAGAAGAAGAGAAUGUGCAGGCUAAUGGACUGCCGAAAACUAUCAGCAGAAGCCUGCGCUCACGCGGUUCAAAACGAGCGAUUACCAAUGCGUGUGGUGGUGCAAGUUCUCUUCUUCGAACAAGUAAGAGCCAACAACAACGGUUCAUCAUCAACCGGAAACAGCACCCCAGAGGUUAUUCCGGCUUCAAGAUCAACAAACACUACCGAUCAAGAAGACACAGAGUGUUGGGACACAGAUGAUAUCAAAGCUUUGAGAGGUGAGUUAGCAAAUCUAAGACUCGCAAAGAAUCAACAAGAGAACAAUAACAAAGGCAAACUGAUAAAAGGAGGAGGAUUAGGAGUUUCUAGAGUGUUUUCGAAGCUUUGGUCUGGUAAAGAGAGAAGUGGAGAUAUGAUAAGUAGCUCAGGGACUUCAAGUCCUGGUUCUGUUAAUGAUGAUUCCAAGUCUUCUUCUUCCACAAGCAAGAAGCAUUAGCAGGAGAAGCAAGGAAAAGAAGAAUUAGGUUUGCGAAAAUGUUCAUCCUAUUACUAACUUUUCUCUCUUUAGAUCCAAUUUCUCAGUUGUUACCAUUUUCUUUCCUUUGUGGUUUUGUUCUUCCUUAGUAGGUAAUGGUUUAUUUUUUUCUGCUUUGUUGUCACUUGUUACCUUAAUAUGGAAGUGUUUAAAAACAAAACAAAAAUGGUUCUUGAAUAAUAACAAGGAGAAAUUUAGAUUCA